AUGGAGGAAGAAAGCGAAGAAGCUCCAUCAUUUAAGAAAAGAAAAAUGGAGGAAAAAAAUGACAUCUUUUCAAAAGGUAUGAAAAGAAAAAUGGAGGAAGAAAGCGAAGAAGCUCCAUCAUUUAAGAAAAGAAAAAUGGAGGAAAAAAAUGAAGUAGAAGAAAAUGAAGCAGAUGAACAAAAUAUUUCAUCAUUUAACAGUUUAGCAGAAAAAGUACCAUUUUACGUUUUUCGAGAAGCAUUUGAAAACAGACGGAGUGAAAAAAUGAAGAGACGAAGAGAAACGAGUGAAGAAGAAAGUGGGGAUGAGUUUACAAGUGAUGGGGGAAGUGACAGCAACAACCGAUAUAGUGCUUAUAAAUCAGUAAACAUUGUAAAAACAAAACAGUGUAACGUUUGUGGAAAAUGUUUCACCAAUGUGAAAAAUUUAAAAAGACAUAAAUUAGGACAUAAUUCUGUGAUAGGAUGUGAACAUUGUGGAAAGGUGGAAAUGGAGAGAACGGAUAAUGAGGGAGAUAAUAAUGUAACAACUCCAUUUUUCAGAAGCAGAACUUAUACGACACUUACUGUAGAUGGGCUCAGCGAACAUGAUCUAAAUGAAGCGCUGCAGAAAAUGAAUGCUAGUCUCGUGAAAUACAUGCGAGAGGGAUCGGGAUGGUUUUUAAAUGCAAACAGCGUCAACGUUCAAACGUAUAAACCAUACGCAAAGGAACUGGACAUGAAGGGUAUACACUAUCCCGUGUCAAUUGGACAAAUAGAUAAAUUUAAAAAACAAAACGAAAACAUUUCGAUAAACGUUUUUGCGAUAGAAGAUGAUGACAUUGUACCCUUGAAAAUCACAUCUUAUCCGCGAAGACUUCAUCACGUUAACUUGUUGUGGAUAACGUGUGAAGAGGUUUCCCACUACGUUCUAAUUAAGGAUCUGAAUAAAUUCCUAUUCAGAAGCAAGAAAUGUAAAAAUAAAACAUUCUUCUGUCCUUACUGUCUACACGGCUUUAUCAGAAAUGAAUUACUGGAAAGUCACAUAGCAUAUUGUUGCACAAAUGGUGCUCAGAAAGUUGAACUGCCAUCAAAAGAUGAAAACGUGCUGAAAUACACUCAAUUUGAGAAGGAACUUAAACUAAAUUUUUCAAUUUAUGUGGAUUUUGAGACGUACUCAAAUAAGAAUCCUGAUGAAAUUCCACUAGCUUCCUGCGGGGCGACAACGACAAAAGCGAAGCUCGAUGUUUGCGGAUUUGCUUAUAAAGUCGUCUGUACAGAUAGUACAUAUUCAAAGCCAACGAUGGUGUACAGAGGCAACGAUGCCUCGAAAAAGUUUAUUGAGUAUAUCUUAAAUGAGCAAAGGGAAAUUGAAAAUAUUCUUUCUAGGGUAGAGCCCAUGGUUAUUACAGAAGAAAACCAAAGGGAUAUCAACACUGCGACACACUGUUGCUUGUGUAGGAAACAAUUUAGUCCAUAUGACAAGUUACAUAACAAAAUGGUGAGACAUCACGAUCAUCUAACGGGAAAAUUUAUUGGAGUAACUCACAAUGAAUGUAACUUAAAAUGUAAACAGAGUAAGCACACCUGCGUCAUAUUUCACAAUCUUAAAAAGUUUGACGCUCAUAUCAUUUGUCAAAGUGUGGGUGAAUUUAAAAACGAAAAAUUACAAUGCAUCGCUCAAACUACAGAAAAUUAUGUCAGUUUUUCUCUCGGUAACUUGAGAUUUAUUGAUAGUUUACAGUUUCUACCGUCUUCUUUACAAAACUUAGUAGAAGAUUUGAAGUGUGAUGGUUUAAGCAGGUUUCAACACCUCAAAGACGAAUUUUCUGAUCCAGAUGAUAUGGAGUUACUCUUGAGAAAAGGUGUGUACCCAUAUGAUUACAUGGACUGUGAAAGUAGAUUUGAUGAAAAAUGUUUACAACCACGUGAAGCAUUCUACAACACAUUAACGAAGGAGCACAUAUCAGACAGUGACUAUGCUCAUGCAUGUAAUGUGUGGUCCCAUUUUGAAAUGGAUGACAUGGGAUCCUGUCACGAUCUCUAUUUGAAAUGUGAUGUUAUACUCCUGUGUUGUGUAUUUGAAACAUUGAGAGAUAUGUGUAUGACUCAAUAUGGGUUGGACCCGUGUCAUUUUUACACGAGUCCAGGUUUGAGUUGGAUGGCAUGUUUGAAAAUGACAGGUGUAAAACUGGAACUUUUGACAAACAUAGACCAGGUGUUAUUUGUUGAAAAGGGGAUACGCGGUGGUAUAUCACAGAUAUCUAAUAGAUAUAAGGAGGCUAACUCUCCGCAACUUCCAAUGUAUGACAGUGAGCGAAAGAUGUCACAAAUACUGUAUUUGGAUAUGACGAACCUAUAUGGUUUUGCAAUGCAACAACCCCUACCUACUUCAAACUUUCGAUUUUUGAAAAAAAGUGAAAUAGAAAAAUUGAAUAUAAUGUCUAUUCCUGAGGAUGCCGAAAAGGGGUACAUAUUGGAAGUCAAUUUGAGAUACCCUUGUAAAUUACACGAUUGCCACAAUGACUAUCCGCUAGCACCAGAACGCAAAGCUAUUUCAGAUGAUAUGCUUUCUCCAUAUGCAAAACAGUUAUGGAAGAAAUUACAUAACAAAGCAGAGGAUGAGCCAUUACCACCGAGAGCAAAAGUUGAAAAACUGAUCACAUCUUUAGAGGAUAAGGAAAACUACAUCCUUCAUUAUAGAAAUCUUCAGCUGUAUCUGGAGCUGGGAUUGAGGCUUACGAAAGUCCACAGAGUACUCGAAUUCACUCAAUCUGCGUGGAUGAAGCCAUACAUAGAUUUCAAUACAGAAAACAGGAAAAAUGCGAAGUCGAAAUUCACUAAAAACUUUUACAAGUUGAUGAAUAAUAGUUGUUUUGGAAAGACCAUGGAAAAUGUUAGAAAACAUAAAAACAUAGAGCUUGUACAUGAAGAAAGACGUUUGUUGAAACUGGGUGCAAAAUCAACGUACAAAACAGCUACAAUCUUUAACGAAAAUCUAACAGCUGUGAAAUUGUAUCGAGUGAAGGUGUUGAUGAACAAACCAAUUUACAGCGGUAUGUGUGUAUUAGACCUGAGCAAGUGGGCGAUGUAUAGUUUCUACUAUAAGCAAGCCUUUGGGGAUCAAAUGACCUUGUUGAUGACAGAUACUGACAGUUUGAUGUUAUACAUCAUUUGA